AUGACACAACCUUUCACAAACCAAGCGCGAAGCACCUACCGCGCGCUCCUCCGCGAGCUCCCCAAGCGCAGCCGCACCGCCCCAUCCCCAAUCCACAACCGCCUCCGAACUCUCUUCCGCUCCGAACCGCAAACCGCCUCCACAACCGACGCAAAAUCCCCAUCCUCCUCAAUAGCGAGCACUGGCGGCAGCGACGCCAUUCCCUUCUCCACGCCGACCUCGAACGAGGAGCGCGCUCUGCGCCUGCAGGAGGCGGAGCAGUUGGCGCAGUAUGCUCGCGCGCAACGGACAUAUGCGGCGCUGCUGGAGCGGUAUAACCCUGGCAUGAACCUUGAUGAGGAGGAGCGGAUUCGUCUUACGGCCAGACGGGUUGGUCUUGAUUUGCCUGAGUUGCAUGAUGCCGAGGGGAAGAAGUCUGAGUAA